AUGAAAUCUAUGCUUGCCGCUCUUGUCUUCUACUCUUUUACUAAUUUUGUAUUAGCUAGUGAAAAAUUUAAUUUGCAACCGGGCCAAGAACAAAUUAUAAAUUCAUCGAGCAAAAAUGAGCUAGCUUCGUAUCGUCGAAAAUUCAAAGAUCAUGAACAGACUGAUUUCAAUGCUAGUAAUAUUAUUCCUUAUCCACACAAUAUUACUAAGAACGAUGACGGUGACGCUAAUGAUUUUCGCAAUAGAGUAAUCAAUCCCAAAUUUCGUUAUAGGAUGCAUACUCAUGGAACUAAUGCUGCUCAAUCAUCAUCAGUUUCUAUUCAAUCAAACCAAUCACUUCUAGAAGACAAAAACAAGAUUCUCAGCGCAACCAUAUCGUCACUUAUUCUUCAAACUCUUACACAAAAACUAGUGGAUAAUUAUGAUCGAACUCGCCGACGUCUAUCUUUUGUCAAUUUUUAUUAUCAAAAAAUAAGAACAUUGUUGAAACGUGGACAAGGAAACUGGACUCGUCGUCCAUAUUCAAAUAUUAAGACAGGGCUAUAA